AUGCCCAGUUCGACAAGAACAUCAGUGGUCGAUUUGACAGAGCUCGAUAUGGGCCCUCGUCCUAGUAUAAAGAAUGUCGAUAAUUGCGCAUUUUCCUCGUGGUACCCUCAGUACAAAAAGUUGUGUCCUAAGGCGCGACUGGUGAAACCGCUGCCGAAAGAGUUUGUUGAGUACCUAUUAGCAGACGGCAUUGUUCUCGCUAAAGGCGAUGCUGGUUUGGUCUGGGAAGACACGGACGGCGAGGUUCAUGGAGCCAGAAUAGAAGAGGUGGAUGCUUCCGUACCACUUCCAGAAAACACUAGUGCUACUACUGGAAACGAAGCAAAAGAAAAAGAAGAAGUAGAAGAAGAAGAAGCAGAAAAAGAAGAAGAGCAAGAAAAUGAUGGUAAUGAAGCCAGCGAGGACGAGGCAGAGGACCCAACGAUCCAUUUUCAGGAACUUCAUAAUGAUAUCGCCAGUCUGAUUAAAGAGCUUGGUGGGUCUAUAUGUCCUAAACUCAACUGGUCUGCACCAAAAGAUGCCUUGUGGAUAUCUACAACCAACAAUAUGAAAUGUAUCAAUCCAUCUGAUAUCUACAUGCUACUAAAGGCAUCGUCAUACAUAACCCAUGAUCUUACAGAAGCAUAUGAAGGAUGUGUAGACUUUGACGAGUCCGCACCACCAAAACCUGAGUUCGAGCUGGUUCUCCGUAAAUGGUUUGAAAUCAAUCCAGCACUCGAGUUCCGGUGUUUUGUGAAAGACCGCAAUAUCGUCGGUAUCACUCAACGAGACAUGAACUACUACGAGUUUCUAGGGCCAUUAAAAGACAAAUUAGAAGAUGAGAUCCACGCUUUCUUUGAAGAAAACUUAGAGUUUACAUUCCCGGACGACUCGUUCGUAUUUGAUGUGUACGUUCCAGAGCCAUAUGACCGGGUAUGGCUAAUAGAUAUCAACCCAUGGGCCAGUAAAACUGAUACACUCUUAUACUCAUGGGAGCAAUUAAUGGGUUACGACCCUCUUCAAACAGGAUUCGAACCUGAACUCAGGCUCGUCGACAAACUUGACAGUUCACGAGGAUUCGGAACUGUCGAACACACAGAAAGCUACGUGCCCAAAGACUUUGUCGAUGGCGGACUCAACGCCUCGUCCAUGUCCGACAUGGUCGACCGUUUGCGACAGAUGAUGGCCAGCCAGCACGACGACAGCUCCGACGACGAGUAG